UUCGUUAACAUGAUGGAUAGAAGAUAGAGAAACGAGAAAGGAGAGAGAUAUAUAACAAACACACCCUUAAUCCUUACACCUUAAAACCCUUCACUACUGCGCCAAACCCAAUCCUAAAACCUUAUCUCUUCUUCUUCUUCAAUGGAUUCUCAAACCUCUCUUUACCAAAUUGACCCCAACUCCGAUACCGACUCUGAGAACGAUGGCUUUGUUAGCGGCGAAGAGGGCUUCGAGGCCCAGCCCACCAGGCCCAUUCUUGUUCACUCUCCUGUCGCCGUUGCCGUUGCCGUUGCUGACUCUUUCCUCGAUUCUCCCUCCCAAGAUGCUCUCAGGCCCAUUGCCAAGGUCACUUACGACGACGACGCUUCCGCUGAUGACUCCGACGACGUCGUUUCCGACAAAGCCCCUGACAAGGGGGAUUUCAGCGAUACUAACGAGGUUUUCGUCGAGGCUUCUGGCGGCGCUGACGAUGCUGAUGGUGAUGGUGAUGGUGAUGGUGAUGGUGGCGGUGUUGUGGAUACUUUGCAGGUUAAUUUGUUGGGGUCUGGGGUUGCUGUGGUUGGGGAUGAGGUGGGGGUUGUGGAGUCUGAGAUUAAAGGGUUGGAGGAGGCGGUGCCUUCUGGGGUGAGUCUGGAUAAUGGUUUUGAUGCCAUUCAGAAGGUGGAUGAGGGUGUUCUUGAUGGUCAAUUGGGUGCUGAAGAUGCUCUUGUGGGGGCUGGUGAGUCUGGUGAAAAUGGAAAUGGGUUGAAGAGUGACAUUGUUGUUCCUCUUGAGGUAGGUGGAGCUUCGGAGGUUGUUGACCAAGAUGGGGUAAAGAUGGAGGUUGGUGGUGUUGAGAGGGAAAUUGGGAGCAGUGUGGAGGUGGAGGAGGUUGCGCCUAAUGGUGAGAGGGAGAUUGAUGGUUCCGUGUUUGAUGGGAAAAUUGGGAGCGGUGAGGAGGAGGGUGAUAAGGAGGUGGAGGUUGGGCAAAAUGGUGAGAGGGAGAUUGGGAGCCGUGUGGAGGAGGAGGAGGAUGAGGAAGUGGAGGAUGUUGGUGGUUAUGGUGACAGGGAGGUUAAUGGUUCCUUGUCGGAUGAUAAGGGUGAUGGAGUGGUGUUUGGGAGCACUGAUGCUGCCAAUAAGUUCUUGGAGGAUUUGGAAUUACAGCAACCGGGUGGUGCCGGUGGGAGUUCGCGGGAUGAUGAGAGGAUUGAUGGCCAGAUUGUUACUGACUCGGAGGAAGAAGAGGAGACUGAUGAUGAAGGAGAUGGCAAGGAGCUGUUUGAUACUGCUACAUUGGCAGCCCUUUUGAAGGCGGCCUCCGGGGCCGACCAGGACGGCGGCAGUAUCACCAUAACUUCCCAAGAUGGGUCGAGGCUUUUCUCUGUUGAGCGCCCUGCUGGUUUGGGAUCAUCGCUCCAGUCAGGUAAAGCUGCCAUGAGGCCAACUCGUCCUAGUCUUUUUGCUCCUUCCGUUAAUAGAGCUAGUGCCAUUACUGAUAGCAAUUUGAGUGAAGAGGAGAAAAAGAAACUGGAGAAAUUGCAGGAGAUUAGGAUUAAAUACUUGAGAUUGGUUCAUAGGCUGGGUUUUACCACAGAAGAAUCAAUAGCAGCACAGGUGCUGUACCGAUUGUCACUUGUUGCAGGGAGGCAAAGUGGUCAAAUGUUUAGCCUAGAGGCUGCCAAGGAGACUGCUUCCCAGCUUGAAGCUGAGGGAAGAGAUGACUUUGAUUUUUCAGUGAAUAUACUGGUUCUUGGGAAAGCAGGUGUGGGCAAGAGUGCUACCAUAAAUUCGAUUUUCGGGGAGACGAAGACCAGCAUUAAUGCUUGUGGUCCUGCUACUACUGCUGUGAAAGAAAUCGUUGGGGUGGUUGAUGGAGUGAAGAUAAGGAUUUUUGACACACCUGGCCUCAAGUCUUCUGCAUUUGAACAAAGUUUCAAUGCAAAAGUCCUGUCUGUGGUGAAGAAACUGACUAAAAAGACUCCCCCUGAUAUUGUCCUCUAUGUGGAUCGCCUGGACCUGCAAACUAGAGAUAUGAAUGAUCUGCCAAUGUUAAGAUCAAUUACUAGUGCCCUGGGUUCUUCAAUAUGGCGAAACGUUAUAGUCACUCUGACCCAUGCUGCCUCUGCUCCUCCAGAUGGGCCAUCAGGUGCCCCAUUGAGCUAUGAUGUUUUUGUUGCUCAAAGAUCUCAUAUAGUUCAGCAAGCAAUUGGACAAGCUGUUGGGGACAUACGCCUUAUGAAUCCAAGCUUAAUGAAUCCAGUUUCUCUUGUUGAAAACCAUCCUUCUUGUAGAAAGAAUAGAGAUGGCCAGAAGGUGCUUCCUAAUGGCCAAAGUUGGAGACCUCUCUUGCUGCUCUUAUGCUACUCAAUGAAGAUGCUCUCUGAUGCUGGGAAUAUUUCAAAAACCCAAGAAUCAUUUGACCACCGCAGGCUGUUUGGUUUUCGUCCUCGCUCCCCACCACUUCCAUACUUGUUAUCUUGGUUAUUGCAGUCACGUACCUACCCAAAACUCCCUGCUGACCAAGGUGGGGCUGACAAUGGUGAUUCUGAUAUUGAAAUGGCUGAUUUAUCUGAUUCUGAUCUUGAUGAUGAUGAGGAUGAAUAUGAUCAGCUCCCACCAUUUAAGCCUAUGAAGAAAGCUCAGGUUGCUAAGCUUACCAGAGAACAGCAGAAAGCAUAUCUUGAGGAGUAUGAUUAUCGUGUGAAACUACUGCAGAAAAAGCAAUGGAGAGAGGAGUUGAGAAGGAUGCGAGAGUUGAAGAAAAAAGGUAACAACAAUAAAGUAAUUGACUAUGGUUACAUGGAAGAAGAUGAUCAAGAGAAUGGAAGUCCAGCUGCAGUGCCAGUUCCAUUGCCUGAUAUGGCCCUGCCACCAUCCUUUGACAGUGACAAUCCAGCCUAUAGAUACCGUUUCUUGGAGCCAACUUCCCAGCUCCUAACCAGGCCAGUCUUGGACAACCAUGGUUGGGACCAUGAUUGUGGUUAUGAUGGUGUAAACAUUGAACACAGUCUAGGCAUCAUCAACAAAUUCCCAGCAGCUGUUACUGUUCAGGUAACAAAGGAUAAGAAAGACUUCAGCAUCCACUUGGAUUCCUCAGUUGCUGCAAAACUAGGAGAGAAUGGGUCAUCCAUGGCAGGUUUUGACAUUCAAAACAUUGGAAAGCAGCUAGCUUACAUUGUUAGAGGAGAGACAAAAUUCAAAAAUCUCAAGAGAAAUAAAACUGCUGCUGGGGUGACUGUGACAUUUUUGGGUGAAAAUGUGUCUACUGGGCUGAAGGUCGAGGAUCAGAUUGCUGUGGGGAAACGUCUGGUAUUGGUGGGUAGCACAGGGAUGGUGAAGUCUCAAACUGAUUCUGCUUAUGGUGCCAAUGUUGAAAUACGGCUUAGAGAGGCGGAUUUUCCGGUUGGGCAGGACCAGUCUUCACUGAGCCUUUCUCUGGUGAAGUGGAGAGGAGACCUUGCUUUGGGAGCCAAUCUUCAGUCCCAAAUUUCUCUUGGACGAAGUUAUAAGAUGGCAGUUCGUGCUGGAUUGAACAACAAGCUCAGUGGACAGAUUUCUGUGAGAACAAGUAGCUCAGACCAGCUUCAGAUUGCCCUUGUUGCUAUUCUUCCGAUUGCCAAGGCUAUCUACAAAAACUUCUGGCCUGGGGCUAGUGAGAAUUACUCCAUCUAUUAAAUUGUGUCUUUUGCUUGCGUUACUAGUUAAGGAAGUAGUGUUUACGAUCAUAUCAUGUUGCUUCUUUUCACGACCUUCCUAUUAAAUAAUGAGUUUUUUUAGUUUCGUCUAGACUAUUAAAUCUCCUGCUAUAUUAGUGCUUUUAUGUGCCUGAAAAUUGUACUGAAAUUGAGAUGGAACCUACAGGGAAUUGAUUCAUAAUUGUUUUGUUAGCAUCUAUUUCAAUAAUGAUGAUGCCAGAUUAUGCUGUUA